AUGCGCUUCAUGGCUGGAUAUCGCGCCCUUGCCACGGGCCUCGUGCUGGCCGGCGGCAUUUCGGCAACGACCGUCGAUGUCCUGUCGGACCGCCCGCAGGUCUUGGGACACGCCGUCGGCAGCUCGUUCCAGCCCGAGUUUUCUGGUGCUCCUGUCGGCCGCUUCGAAAGCCUCGACAGCUCAAACCUGGACCACGGCCUCGUUGCCAGGCAAGAUGAAUUCCCGGCCAAAAUCGCAGGAAACACUUACUGCGGGCAGUUCCACGUGGGCGACCGCAGGAACGCCCACAAGCUGAUCGAGAAGAUCCCCCAGGAGAUGCCGUACAAGGAAUGGUCCGACAACUUCACCAUGCCGGCCAAGACGUGCACGCGUGUCAAGUGCUGGAACACAUCGGGGCUGUACAUGUGCAACCCCACCAGGAGAAACAUAACCGUCGAGACGGUCUCGCAGAUGCGGAGGGCCCUCCGUAUGGCCAACAAGUGCUGCACCGCCGCCAGGUAUAUUAACCGGGGACACUUUGGCUCAAGCGGCGAGUUCCGCGACGAUGCGGGCUGGAGCGCCAUCUCGGCCUACGCCAACUGCAGGUCGCCGCCAGUCACUUACUGGCCCAGCAAGGCGGUCCCUUCUAGAUCCGAUCCGAAAACCGAGAGGUGCUAUUGGAAGCCGGACACGACGACGUACGGCGACCUGCCAGUCAUCCCGGAAAUCGAGGAUGAGUGAGCGGCUGGCCUGGCGUCUGCCCGGAAAGGUGCACGGGCACGUGGAGCAGGGCGGAAAGCAGG